GCACAGUCUGACAAAUGGAGACUUUGGUCUGUACGUUAUCGUCACAGUUUGUCAAAGGCCUGAGAUUCGUAAUAACAUAUGCUUCAAGUCCCGAAAGACAGAAGCUUUCCUGAUUCAUUGAGCUCAAACACCACUGUAGUCAGGAUUUCAACAGUUGCGUCGCAAAUCUUAUCAAAUAUGAUUGUGAAUCACAGAAGAUAGAGGGCACCAUUGACGAAGGACUCGUACAACGCUAAAGCGCAGGUGGAAGGCCAGGAUCACGGUCGGCCUGUCGUAAAGCCGGAUAGAACGCGAAGAGAUUCCAUAAUUUUGAGAAGCGCAGAGAAGUCCUUCAUGCGUUAUGGCCAUGUGUUCAGCGAUGAAAGUGGGUGCAAACUCCAACAUACAGGCAGUACUUUAUGCAAGCCUACCUAAUGCUAGAUAUUGUAAGAUCUGCUGGAAUUUUUUAUUAUUGUGUACUCAUUACCAGAUUAUUUGAACCCGUAUACAUAUAUAUAUAUAUAUAUGUGCGGAUUCUUUCUUCCCUGCACAUCAUCAACUGGAUCUGAAUGUUCUCCACGUUCAUGGUUACCGAGUUCUAUUCAUCCUUCGUAGAGAGCCCACAAUUGUAUAUCAAAUUUUGCUCUGUCAAUCUGGAAAACAUUUUCUGAUGUCUCCACAAACGAUGCGACUUCUCGACAGUUUUCGUCUCAGAAUGGCCUGCAGAGCUAUAUUGGUGUUGCUAGUGGUUGCAAUUGGCGGUGCGAAUGGUUUAACCGAUUGUCCAACAGCCUUCUUCAACUUUGGGGAUUCAACGACCGAUACGGGCUCACUAGAGAAUGUAGCACCUGGAGACCCUGGUCUGCCACCGUACGGUAUGCAAUUCUUCGGAGAACCUUCCAAACGCUACGCCCAUGGACGAGUGAUACCGGACUUCUUUGCAUUGGCUUUCAAGACCCCACUUCUUCAACCAUAUAUCCAGGCAGGAGCAUACGAUUUCCGCCAUGGAGUCAACUUUGCAGUAUCCGGAUCCACAGCUAGCAAUGACUCCACUGUCACCCCCUUAUACCUUCCAAUCCAGCUGAAUCAGUUUAUCAGAUUCUAUAAAACAACAGAAAGCGUCAAGAGACAAAAAGGCAAAUGUUCGCCUCUUGCUAAAUUCUUGCCCUCCAAGAAGGCGUUUGAAAACGCUCUGUACACCAUAAAGUUUGGAGGGAAUGACCUCCCGUUGGCAUUUCUUCACAACGGCUCAAACAUUGCGUCUGGGAUGAACGUCAUCAUAAACAAGGUGAUACCCGACGCCAUGACGAAUCACGAAAAUGCAAUGGAGACUCUAUACCGUUACGGCGCACGAAGGUUCCUGCUCACUGGGCUUGAUAAUGUAGGCUGCUCUCCGAACUUCGUAAGUCAAUAUAGCACUUUUCCUCUCGAUGAUAGGGGCUGCCUUCUCUUUCCUAGAGAGUCAGUUGCCAGUUGGAACGGAGCUCUGGUGCAGCUCGUCGAAAGGAUGCGUGCAAAACUGACUGGUGCAAGUAUAGGCUUAUUCAACGUCUCUGCUGGUUCCGAAGAGAUAAGAUCCAAUCUCUCUAAAUUCGGCUUCAAUCCGAAUUUGUCUACUCAAGUCUGCUGCGGAGCUCCCGGAGGCCCUGUUGACAACAACUACAAUAGCCAGAUCAAGUGUGGACAUCCAGGAUCCAGCGUCUGCGACAAUGUCGGGGAGCAUAUCUACUGGGACGGUCCACACCUCACGGAACCUUAUCAGAGACUAUUGGCAAUAAUGCUUCUGGAAGCAAAAUACACUUCAUCCGGUGUCAACUACACAUCUUUAUGCAAUCUGGAUUACUCCAAGUUCGGCGAUGAUGUAACGUUUGACGAGGUGUACGGUGACACAUGCGAGGUUACCUUUACUUCUUAGACAUGGUCUGAUGCCAGCAUUUGCACCUCAUUGAUUGAGGGCCAAUAAAGAAUCUCUGACUCGUGAUUUCGAAAGACUUGAAGUUUGAAUUGUUGAGAAUUUCUAAAUCAUGUUGGCUCACCAAUUUGAUUUACUUCUAAUAUGCCAAGUUUUAGACCACAUAGCUCUUGACAUGCAGCUAUAUACAUGACAAAAUAAGAAGCACAGAUGUACAUCUCUGUGGAGGCUGAGGAAGCUUGGGUGGAUGCAUUUCAAAUACUCAGUUUAC